GGACUUACUGUUUCAGACGGAACCCAUAAAAUUUCUUUCCAUUUUAUGCACUCAUUCCUCAGCCCCCGCCUGACCACCCCUUCCAGCUCUCGCUAGCCCGAGAAAUCUCCCACGUGAAAGAGGGCAAUAUAAAAACCAAAGAGUGCCGUUGACACGAGGUUGUAGAGUUUUUUUUUGCAUGCAAAUACCAAGACAAGUGUCCUUCUGAGCAACUACGUGAUGAGUCCUCUGGUUCCAUCGCACCGCAACAAGUUAAAAAGUAGAGUCCCAGACCGCAUUUUCAUUUACUUCUAAAAUUUAAGAAGAAGAUUAAUGAGAUUUUUGGUAUUUUUUUCCCUUGUCUCCCUGCUUGACACCUCUAUGUUUUGCUUCCACCACGUGUUUCGUGGUUCCGUAGCGCCGCCUAUUUACUUUUCUUUGACCUCAAUCUUCACGUCCAGCUCUCAUUGUACCUUGUGCGAUGUUCUUGAUCUCUUCAAAAUUUUCCAUCAAUUUCACUCAAAUUGAUGCUCUCAUUCUCCAAUUCUUGUCCCAAGAAAAAUGACAUGAUAUUUUUCUACAAAGCUAUUCUGGCAAGUUUUCGGAGACAAUAAAAUGUCCUCUAGAUCAAUCAAUUUUCGACUGUCAGUGAGCGUAAACUGAGUGUAAAUUUUUCGUUAUUCCAAUUUUGGUACAAUGGCUUCAAUUCUUCGGUUCAGGAAGCUGUGCAUUUUAGUGCCUGUCAAGUGUUCUCCAGUGAGCUACGAAUCACAUGAUGCUCCUGAGGCAGGAAAGAAAGAGGACAGUCCAAUUUCCGCAGUUGAACAAGUUUCUGAGAAGCCACAAGUGAAAAAGAAUAAGAGGCAGCCAAAGCAAUGGAGAUGUAUAGAUAAAUUUGGGAUGAUUGGAUACAUUUGCACUACUUGGUGGCUGAUCCUGUUUUCAUUCAAUUGCUUAACUGCUAAUUUGCCUGGGCUAAAAGUGCCUGAACCUCCUGGUGCUAGACUCAGACGAGAAGGCUUGACAGCUCUCCACCCUGUUGUUUUGGUGCCUGGGAUUGUUACAGGAGGCCUUGAACUCUGGGAAGGGAAGCCUUGCUCUGAAGGCCUGUUUAGGAAGCGGCUUUGGGGCGGUAACUUUGCUGAAAUAUUCAAGAGGCCUUUAUGUUUGUUGGAGCAUCUCUCUUUGGACAAUGAAACAGGGCUUGAUCCUCCUGGAAUUCGAGUUCGUGCUGUUGCAGGACUGGUUGCAGCUGACUAUUUUGCUCCUGGUUAUUUUGUUUGGGCUAACCUAAUCGAGAAUUUGGCAAAAAUUGGCUAUGAGGGUAAGAAUAUGUUCAUGGCUGCUUAUGAUUGGAGGCUAUCCUUUCAGAAUACUGAGAUCAGGGACCAAACUCUUAGUAGAUUAAAGAGCCAAAUUGAGCUUAUGUAUUUAACAAAUGGCCGAAAAAAGGUGGUAGUGGUGCCUCAUUCCAUGGGGGUCAUAUAUUUUCUGCAUUUCCUUAAAUGGGUCGAAGCCCCUCCCCCUAUGGGAGGAGGUGGUGGCCCUGAUUGGUGCAACAAGCAUGUCAAAGCCAUAAUGAAUAUUGGUCCAGCAUUUCGUGUUCCCAAGGCUGUUGGCAGCUUAUUGUCUGCGGAGAGCAAAGAUGUUGCAUUUCUCAGAGCAAUGGCACCUGGUCUUUUUAGUUCUAAGACUCUUGGCCUUCAGACACUGGAACAUGCUAUGAGGGUUGGUCGAACAUGGGAUUCAGUCAUUUCUUUGUUACCUAAAGGGGGAGAGACUAUCUGGGGUAACCUAGAUUGGUCACCUGAAGAAGGACAUGUAUGUGAUUCGUUGAAGAAAAGGCAGCUGCAAGCCUCUGCAAGUGACGAUAAGGGCAACAACAGUGACUCCAGAAGGGCUUUCCAUGUAAAAGAGCUGACAAAGUAUGGCAGGAUUGUAUCUUUUGGAAAGAACGCAUCAGAAUUGCCUUCUUCACAAUUCUCUCCUCUUGUUUUCAAGGGAAGUUCCACCAACUCUGCCGGUGUGUCUUGUGGAAAGGUAUGGACAGAGUAUAAUGAGAUGAGCCAUGACAGCAUCAGAAGAGUCGCUGAAAACAAAGCCUACACAGCAGAGACUGUAAUGGAUCUUCUCCGCCUCGUGGCUCCAAAACUGAUGCAGCGUGCUGAGGCUCAAUUCUAUGGAAUUGCUGAGAACUUGGAUGACCCCAAAUAUAACCAUUACAAGUACUGGUCAAAUCCUCUAGAAACCAAGUUACCUAAUGCUCCAGAUAUGGAGAUUUACUGUCUAUACGGUGCUGGACUGCCCACUGAAAGGUCCUAUGUGUACAAGCUCCACCUCCAGACAGACAGGUGCAAGAGCAUUCCCUUUCAAAUCGAUGGCUCAGCAGAUGGAAGUAACAGCUGCUUGAAGGGUGGAGUGUACUUCGGGGAUGGUGACGAGUCUGUACCAGUUUUAAGUGGGGGAUUCAUGUGUGCUAAAGGCUGGCGAGGGAGAACAAGGUUCAAUCCAUCUGGGAUUGCUACUUACAUAAGAGAGUACCACCACAAGGCACCAAGAAGUCUGCUGGAGGGCAGGGGACUAGAAAGCGGUUCACAUGUCGCUAUAAUGGGCAAUGUGGCCUUCAUUGAGGAUGUUCUGCGGGUCGCAGCAGGGGCUUCUGGUGCAGGGUUGGGAGGUGACAAAGUUUACUCUGAUAUAAUGAGAAUGUCUGAGCGAAUAGAUAUCAGACUUUAACUUGCUCUAUUCAAGGGACUGAGGUUUACUGCUCUGCUGAAAAAUGUUGUAAACAACUGGUCAAUUCAGAUAAAAGGUAAUGAUAAUUGAAUUUGGUAAUUGAAA